AUGGUUUCAAAGACAACCUGGAAGCUGGGAAGGACCAGGCUGAACGGGAAAGAACAACUUUCAGGGCAGGCGCCACACGGUCACUUGUGCAAGGCCCUGCUUUCAGGCGGCUCACAGUCCUUGCGUCUACCACCACGAACCCCCCCUCCCCCCUCCACGAAGUUCUACCACCUACAUAACACCUUUUCCCAGCAUCCUUUCUUCCCACUAUCCAUCUCUAGCUUGAGACACACCAGCCGUGUCAUCUUCUCAUCCGCCCUAGGCCUCGUCUGCACCACCACCACCACCAGUGAGUUUCUCGCCUCGUCCGUCGUCAUUUCUUUGACUGCACCCCGCCUGCAAGCAACACGUUCGCCUCGGACUUUCUCGUCCCCCUUCCCCAUCUCCGGAAAAUGCGAUCCUACUGCGCCGCUAUACCUUGUCGUUAUAUUGUGGCUUGGCCUGCUGGACUCUCUGCCUCUGUCUCUGUCUCUGCCUCUGCGCUCUACCCUUUGCCUUCUGCCAUCCGCCAUCUCGUCACCAUCGAGGGGGGGGGGGGGGCGAACACCGAACAUCCCUGCUGCCGGCGUCGUUUCAGCAUUACCGAUCCUGCCCCCUCGCUCAUGGUAUCGACUCCCCUUCGCUGCACCCUGGCAGAUCUCCGACAUGCCCGCCAACAAAGGCUCGUCGGCACCUCAGCCGCCCGACUCUCCUAACACGAAGGCUGCUACUGCUCGCUACACAAACAAAGAUGGUUCCAAGAUGAUUACCGUGCCCAAGGCCGCGCCUUCUACCGAAUCCUCCCAACCUUCGACUCCUACCUUGCCGUCCAAAGCCGCUACAUCCUCGCAACCGACCCCUACUUCCGGUGUCGUGGAAGACGGCCCCGCACAACAAGUGAAUCGUAAAAAGGCCAAGAGACGCGCGAAGGCGGCCGCCAAGGCUGCCGCUGCCGCUGCGGAAACGACGACUCCAACGGAGGUGGCUGGCGAGAGGACUAUCAACGGCCAAUCUCAAGCGACCCCUCGCAACGUGCCUGCCUCUACAACGGCAUCGGCAAAGUACCAAAUCGCACUCGACCCCGAGUUGACUGAAGACGAGGAUCAAGAUACGGAGGCGGGGCAUGGUGGUACUACCAACGGUAACAGCCACGGCACGGCCACCGCGACCGCAACGUCGUCUGGUAAAUCGAAGAAACAUAAGAAGAAGAAGAAGAAGAACCACGACGGCACAUCCUCGCUAGAUGACUCCCGAUUGGCCAGCCCAUCGCCGUCAGGCGUCCGGCCAUUGGCCUCGGCGCCGCCACGUGGUCCUGGUAUUUCCAAAGAAAAGAUUUGGGAUACCGAUUCCCAGGAAGAGCGGGAGCGCAUCAAGGAGUUUUGGCUCGGGCUCGGCGAAGAAGACCGCAAGUCUCUCGUCAAAGUCGAAAAGGACGCCGUCCUGAGGAAGAUGAAGGAGCAGCAGAAGCAUACCUGCAGCUGCACCGUCUGCGGCAGGAAGCGCAUCGCCAUUGAGGAGGAGCUGGAGGGACUCUACGAUGCUUACUACGAGGAGCUCGAGCAGUUCGCCAACCAGGCCGACGGCCCGCCGCUGCCGCGCGAUUUCCCCGUCCGACCGUCUCGCAUGCCGUCCACGUACGUCCGUCAACCGCCCUCGCGGGGCCGCAUAGUCGAACACGUCGGGGAUGACGAUGACGAAGACGAUGACCUCGACGAGGACGAGGACGAGGAGUACAGCGAGGGAGAAGAACUCGACGAGGACGACGAAUAUAGCGUAGACGAGCCUCCGGAGGACGUCCACCCGCACGACCGUGACAUGGCAGAUUUUCUGACCUUCGGAAACAGUCUGCAAGUCAAGGGUAUGAAGAUUCUCGACCUCCUGCUGCGCAGCUAUGGUAACAUGGACUUAGGCGGCAUACUAACCGUGGCGGACGACCUGCUCAAAAACGACGGAAAGCGCUUCAUCGAGAUGAUGGAGCAGCUGGCCGAACGCCGCAUGGCUCGCGAAGAAGAUGCCAAGGAGCACGUCACCCGCGUAUACGGUCACCCCGCCGCCACUGCCCCGUCCGCGGCAUCCGCCACCUCCUCCAACCCACCGCCCCAUGGCAACGCCAACGCCGCCAACGCUAACGGCGCUGCUGCCUAUCCCCCGACGCCGCUUGGCCAGCCUGCGCCCGACGACGAAUACGAGGAUGAAGACGACGAGGAGGAAGAAUACGAGGACAGCCAGGAUGAUGAGUACGAGGAUGAAGAAGUGAGCUCCUCUCAUCACACCCAUGACCAUGGGCACCAUUCCAGUACUGAGCAUUACUGUUGCCACCAUCAGGAUACGAUGACAGAGGAGCAGCGUAUGGAAGAGGGUCGUCGCAUGUUCCAGAUUUUUGCUGCUCGUAUGUUCGAGCAGCGCGUAUUGACGGCUUAUCGGAACAUGGUAGCCCAGCAACGACAGAAUAGGCUGCUCGAGGAGAUCGACGAGGAGAAACGGAAAGACGAGCAGCGCAAGGCAAAGAGAGCUAAGGACGCCCAGAAGCGCAAGGACAAGGCGGCACUGAAGAAGCAGGCGCAGGCCGAGGAGCGGGCCCGCAAGGAGGCCGAGCGGGCAGCGGAGGAGGCGGCACGGGUCGAGGAGCAGCGACGGCGGGCCGAAGAACAACGGCUGAAGGCCGAGGGAAAGCGCCGCAAGAAGGAAGAGCAGAAGAGGCUCGAGGAGGAGGAGCGGCAACGCAAGGAAGCCGAGCGCCAGAGGCGACUGCAGGAGCAGGAGAAGAAACGUGCCGAGCAAGAGCGCAAGGCGCGCGAGGCCAAGGAACGGGAGAAGAAGCUGAAGGAAGAGGCACGCCAGCGCGAACGAGAGGCCCGGGAGCUGAAGGAGAAGCAGCAGCGAGAGAAGAAGGAGAAACAGGAACGGGAAAGGCGGGAGAGGGAAGCCAAAGCCAAGGCCGAGCGCGAGGCCAAGGCCAAGGCCAAUGCGGCGGCUGCGGCGGCGGCGACAGAACGGGAGGCCAGGGAACGUCAGAAGCAAGAGGAAAGGACGGCUGCGGCGGCGGCGGCGCAGAAGGCGGCAGCCAGUGCGGCCGCGCCCGGCAAUGCUGCUCCCACGCCCUCGUCCCCUUCAUCGCAGCAACUUCGGCGGUCAUCCCAGCACCCCGUCUCCGUGCCGAACAUGGCCAACGUCCCGACGGUCCUACCGCAACAUCCUUCCAACUCGGCUUACGCAUCGCCCAAGGUGCAGGUCGCCACACCUGCUCUGCCCAAGGCUCCGACACCGAUUCGCCCCAAGAACACGUCAACGUUGCAGGCGCAGUCGCAAGUCCAGGCGCAGGUGCAGUCGCAGGCGCAGUCGCAGCACGAAUCGAGCGCAGCCGAGUCUUACAUAUCCCAGUCGAGCCAGUAUCCUUCCCCCCAUCCUGCCACACCGGCGCAGCACAGCCCUGCCCCGAUACCUUUCGCACCCCAUCAGCAGCAUCAGCCGCACCAGCAGCAGUAUCCACUGCAACAUCAACACCAACACCAACAGCAGUCGCGGCGGAAGGGAAGCGGGAUCCUCCCGCCAGGAAUCGCGGCCCCGGGCCAGGUACCCUCGUCGGCGUCACCUCCGAUCCAUGGCAGAAGUUCGGCGGGCAUUCCCACGGGCCCAUACAGCGCACCCUCCGGCAUGGCUCAUCCUCCGGGGUUUAAUAUGCCAAACAUGGCACCGCCCGGGCUACACCAUCGCUUCCCGCAGGAAGCCAUGUUCUCACCAGCCAGCGGUUUCCGGUCUCCUGGGAUGAUGACAGGUCCUCCGGGUCUUAACACGUCCGGUGGCAGGGGUUUCCCUGUUCCGGUUCAACCCGGGCCUUCGGGUUUCUCGCAACCGUUUGGCGAUCCCGUAGCGGUUUCCGGACCGUCAGCAGCAACGCAUACGCGACAAGCGUCGGGCGGGUUCGACACGGGAUUGGUCGGAGUCGGACCGUCUCAGCCGAUCAGCAGGCCAUCGCCCAUCGGUCGACCGGGAAGCAUCGUACACGGGCAGGGAGCAGAACAGGCGGACGACGCAUCGAACCAGCACCUUGGGAGCAGUGCCUUGCUAGACGACUCGGAGGAAGCUAUGGCGGCAUCGGCGGCGCGGCAACGGCGCCACGCCCCCGGACCGCCACAGGGAUUUCCCAGCGCGCCGUUCGGCAUGGAUGCUCCGUUGCAGGUGCCAAACAACGUCUGGCCCAACUCGCAGGGGUUCGUGCCAUUUGUAGCGUCGCACAGUCUGGCGAAUCGGGGCAAUUGGGGCAGCACGCUGGGACCACACCAGGCGAUGUCGCCUAUGGCGCAAUUUCGGACGGCGGGGACCCCGCGAUCGGCAGCAGUGCGUGUCCUCCUCUGCAUGGCGUGCCGGAAACUGCAAGGCCAAGGCGGUGGCGAUGACAACAGCGUGAUCGACCUGAAGGAGGUGCUGGCCGAGGUCAACCAACUGAACAGGAUAGAGGGUGUCAGCCGCGAGGCCGUCUUGGAAGCGGAGCUGCUUGACCUGGCGGACACGGAGGGCACUCCGCAGAAUGGAGGCGGGUCUUUCGACGUGUGGCGCGACGUCAAGGGGCCCGGGAUGCACACGAUCCGGUGGGUGGCGGAUGUCGGUACCGAUGUGUCGCAGCCCCGGCGCGCCGUGGGGGAGAUCGGCAGUCCCGUGGCAGGAGCGUCCAUCCGACGGGGGAUCAUUCUGGGCCAGGAAAUUGCCUCAGCCGAUUUCGGCGAUACGGACAACGACGACAGGGGAAUCGACGCCGGUACCAUCGCAGGCAGCGGUCGGCGCGUCGUUUUGGCAAAGCACUCCCGCAGACCUGACAGCGAUCCGUAAUGCUGUGUUUGGGGCGCUGGACAACGCCCGGGGGAAAGUAGGCGGGUCGAAGGAAGACUUGAGCGCGGAAAAACAGAGAGACUCUUGAGUAGCGGGAGAGAAAUUGGUGGAGGUUGAGAAGGGGAAAGGGGAAAAGGGGUGACACGUUACGCAGUCCUAUGUUUCUUUUCGGGGUUUCUUUCGAUCUCGCCAUGGCUGCCCAAC